AUGGCUACCCCCGCAGCAGCAGCAGGUCAAGACGUCCCUCAUGCUCAAACGCGGGACGCCUCGGAGCGGUUGGAGCCGAACCAUCCCGAACCAGCCUGUCAGGAGGCACAGAAAUGGAUUGAGGUAAGUGACCGUCCAGGGAGAGAGAGAGAGGGGGAGAGUGAAUGAGUGAGUGAGUGAGGCUCAGGGCCCUGCUGCUGCUGCUGUGGCACAGAAACGGGUCAUACUGUCAUUCAGCCACCACGGCUCUUGGUAUAAAUAAGUAGCUCUACAGCACCGGUGCACCGUCACCUGUUGUGGGCACGAUGCAGGAUCACAUUACCCUGUGGGACAACGGCUGUGCAGUGUGGACAGUGUGGAAACUUUACACAGACGUGUCUCUGACUGGAACUUAACACCCACACCAGCCUUGUCUUGAAGCCUUAUCUGCAACCAUGUAAGAAAAAACACGACAAACGUGAGGUUAACCCUUGAAGUCCCACUUUGUUAUCUGAUUGAUUGGAGGGCCCGUUUUCUACUCGCUCUUCCUGGAGGAGAAACGCCCCCUAAUUUCAGGCGCGAGAGGACCCCGGUUGCCAUGGUUAUAUGAAACCGGGCCAGUAGUCACGCACGAGAUGCUGUACUGUACCAGCAUUUGAUCUCAUCGGAUAAGAUUAUCGUUUGCAGUUUUCUGCAUCGCUUCCACCAUCAUCUGUCCGGCUAUAAACGCCUCUCUCCAUAAGCCUGAGUGGUGAAUCACUAUCCGCCCGCGGAGAGAUGCUUUAUGACCUAUUUUUGUUCUGCCAUCACGGUGCUUGUCCUGACUUUAGCUUAGCUACCUGCCAGCUACAAUCUCAGAUUUUGGGUUUAAAGGCUUGGACACACAACCAGAUCAUGUGGAUAAGAAAGUUUGGGCUUCAGUUCUGUUGUUCAGUUGCAUUCCCUUACUCCUUCCCAUUUUGUCUAAAACACAAAUGAGUUCAUUAAAAUGUAGCUGGGGAAAUCAUGGAAAGGUAGAACUCUGCAGAGAAACAUUAAAAAAGUCUACUAACUGAUGAGUCCCAAAAUUAGAUAUAAUAAUGUGCUUUUAUUGCAUCCUUGUUGAUAAAUUGAAAUCAAUCAAGUCAAAAUAAAACAUCCACGCCAACCUGUUCUCAUGAUUAUAGGCCCAAGGGUUUCCAACCUAAGUAAGGUUGCAAGUACAGUGAAAAAAAUGGGGCAAAUCAGUUUUAUUUGAGCAAAUUUAAAGACUUUUCCUUACUUCUAAUUACAAAAAAAUGUGCUUGAUGUGAAAACCAUUAAAGCCUUUUGGAUUCAUUUGCAUAAAUUCUUUGAAACACAGUUUUCAUCCAUCCAUUUUGUAACUUUGGAGCCCAAAGCAAACAGUCUUUGUGUGGCUCUCCAUAUUCACUGGCCUUAUGUAUUGUUGAGCACAUUAUCAUUUCCCUUUUUGUAGUUUGGAUGGCAAUGUUUUGUUUUCCUCCUAUUUUAUCCUUUGUUUCUGUGAUGCUGUAGAAGCUUUGCCUCAUUUUGGGCUGUUUCUGAUAACUUUCUCAUAGCCUAUCCUAUUGCCAGAAAUUCCAUCUGCAGUAGUUCUUAAAGGGAUAUUCUGGCAUAAAAUUAAUUUAGGGUCAAACACACCACAACACAGAGUAAGACAUCCCCUCAAGAGAUGAAUGUUACCGACCGCUUGCUUCUCUAGUUAUACCAACUUUAGUAACCGCACGAUAGCAAUACACAGCAGUCUGAGGAGCCAUAAACAAACCUCAACCAAAAAGCCACUUUAUAGCCACAAAUAAUGCUCAGAACAGCACCUAACUUCAUCAACAGUACAUAUAGGGUCCCAGCCACAGUACUAGCCACCAAACAUCUUUUUAACUUUGCCUGAUUUCUUUAGCAAAGAGACUAAACACAACUCACCUACCCUCUUCCAGCAGCCGCUUGUUUGUAGCGAGACCUCGGGCGAGUCCAUUACGGACUGCUGCGGGGUGAUGCAGCUCAAGGAGGAACAUUUCUGAUCAUUUCUUCAUGGAAAUGCAAUCAGACCGAGACACUAAGGCGGAAGAACUACUGCGUCUGCAGUGCAAAAUGAUUAAUAUGGUGAUUAUUACUUCAAUAAAAUGAUAAAGAUCAUUUCUGAUUCUUCAGUUACCUUUUUUGGGGUUUACAUUUCCUUUGAAUAUAACCACAGUUGGGAAACUUUCUCAACAUUGUGUUUGUUGCAUUUUAUAGGGCCCUUGCAGUUUGGGGGCCCAGCGCAUACCAUAGCCUCAUGGUCAAGUCAGCCACUGUGUCUACCUGCCAUUCUGUCCAUCUGUCUGUCUGAGAGAAACAAAUUGAACCGGUUCGCCUCGGGUGCAAUCUCUCUUGUGUGAUUACUGUCAGGCUGUUAAAGGCCACAGAAGUAGAUCAUUUGUCUCCCAUCCACUCAGCUAGGAUCUGUCCCACAUACAGCUCCAGAACAAUCAAAAAGAUAAGCCUUUAUUAAAUAUCUAUUUCUGUGAGGAGAAAUGACCUAUUUCAGUGACUUUAGGGUUAUAAAUUCGCACUGAUACUUUACCACCAAACAUGCAUGGUUAUCUCUUCAAUGAAUGAGUUGCAGAUUUGAAAUAUCUUAAUACUUGUGCCAUUCUUAAUCAAAAUGAAAAAAGACCAGAGAAGAUUUUAAAUGCAGAUUACAUAUUCAUAUUUUAAGAAUUAUCUGUAAGGCUUUAAUAUGACUCACAUCUUAGAGACAUAGAGGACCUUUUUGUAACCUUUUAAGUAUGAAUGUUAAAGCUUCUCAGUUGAGAACAGGAGAUGAAUUUGUCAUAAUAAGUACCCUAAGUAGUGAGGGUAGAAAAAAGAUAUCGUUUGUUAGUUAUAUACAGGACAGCUUGAGAGUGACAGGAAAUGUGGGACAAGAGAGAAAUAACGUGCACCAAAUCAUGUCGGGACCUGAAUGGAUCCUUCAGUCAGUGUGAUGACAGCCAAAGCCUCUGCAUACGCGUUUUCUGCUUCACCAGCAAGAGCAAAUCAGCAUCUAAUGUCAUUUUUAUGAAACUGCACGCUUUUCAUUCCUUUUGUCACACUACAUUUUAGCCCCUGUAGCAUCUUCCUGCUGCUGCUGUGAUGUAAAAUAACACCACUGCACUUUUGAGCAACACAUUUGGCUGUGAAAAUUCAUAGAUGAGUCAACUGACAUGUCGGAAGGAGUGUGCAAUUUAUGUGAAACAGAACUGAAGUAUCGAGGAAGAACCUUGAGUUUGAGCUAUCACCUAUAAACUAAGCGUUCAGGUGCAGCCAAUCAGAUUGAUGUCAGCGAGCAACUAUAUCAUAAAAACCAGCUCAGGAUUAUUGGAGUGUGCUGAUCAGCACAGCCCUUGACCACAGCUGACUGCAAACAAGCUAAUACUGUGGAAGACUCAGGUCUAAGGAAUACACUCAGGUUACCAUAUUUAGCCAUAUUUUAAUGCAUAUAAAACAGACACUGCAACCAAACUGGAACUACUUGCAAAUCCAUUAAUUUGAUUACCAAAUCAGAAGACUUGUGAGAAAUGCAUUGCAAUGUAAAUGUUGACUUAAACUGUUUUGGAAUGCAAAGUCAUGGCAAUUUGAACUAGAGAUUAAAAAAAGUGUCAUCUAUGUUUUUAAAAAAUAUAUUUAUAUAAACAAAACAUCAAUGGAUAAAAAGCCUGGGUCAUAACUUUGAAAAAUAGAAAUAAAACAAACAACUUCUGUUCUUUCAGACUAGUUUUCUUCAGGAUCACUACUUGCAUCAAUGAAAUAUUUGAGCUCAUCUCAGGGUUGAUCAGUAGAGUUGAACUAAAGUUCAUGUUGUUUACAAAAGACCUCUUUUAUUCAGCAGCGAGCACAAAUAGUUAAGGUAAUUCUGGCCUCCCACUGUUAAUCUCUUUUGCAGGUCCAGGCUCUGUGUUACUCUUACUUUGUCGUCUUCCUGCCUCCUAAUUCUCCAGUUAUUUUCAGACCAGUCAGACUGACUCUAUUCCUGGUGGUGUAUUUACACCCUCUCACAGGUGGGGAUGAUUCAGGUUUAACCCUUGGCACCCUGACCCUGCGCUCCAUGCAGCAUUCCCUGUCUGUGUGUGUUUCUUUCUGUGGCUGUAAGAGUAUGCAAAGUAUAUGCACACACACAGAGACACAUGCCAAUACUGCUCACACACUCCUCUGACACACCCCGAUUGAGUGACACUGGUCACUAUGGGAACAUAACAUGGACAGGCUCUCAGGUGUCGCUGUUUCCAGGGAGGGCAGUAGAGCAGUAGGCUAUAUACCACCACAUGACCCAGGCAGGAAAUUAGACAGCCACAAACAGGACCUUUCUAUCUGUUUAUAGACGAGACAAGGCAGGCUUAGACAGUCUCAAAGCCGGUGCACACAGUGGGAGGUGCACUAAACCUGUUGGAUGUGACGUUGAGUAGGUUAAAACGGUACAAGCUCAGAGGAAAUGAAGCUCACUUUAGUGAAAGCAUUUAACCUCUGCUGUCACCUACAUAAAGUCCAUAACAAGGGUAAAGGUCUGCCACACAGGGAAUAACCGAAGAAUGCGUGUGACUGAAGUGUGUGUGUAUGUGCCAGAUGUCACAGCUGUCCUAGGCAGAUUAACUCCAAUAGUCCCAGACAGCCAGCUGUGUCUGCACAGGAGAGACAGAGUGAAAGAGUGGGGAUUCAUAGAUUUUACAUGCUUCAUAUACUGUCUGAAAGAAUGUGAAAUAAUGAUGGCACAAUCUUGCUGUCUGUCAUGCCUCAGGUAUCUUCAAAGUUUUUGCAUAAGAACCCGGUGCUGCACACAAAACAAAUCAUGUGACCUUUUCUGUAGAAGAAUAGAGGGCUGCAUCCAAGUAGUCAAAAGGUUUUGAUAAUAGUACCUGCUGUGUUGUGAUUGUAAAAAUUUUAGCAUCAGGUAAUGUUGGAAUAAUUUUAAUGUUGCACUUUUUCACUUCUUACGGCGAUAAAAGUAGCUGAAGAUAAUUUACUGCAAAAAUCACACUAGACUGUGCUUUUUAAGUAUACUAAUCCAGAGUUAGAUAAUUAACCUUAUUUUGUUGUGUUUGUGAUUCAAAUCGCGUGUGAACCAGAUAAAUCUGUGAGCUCAUGUUUUGUUUUCCCCUGACAGAUGUGUCUGGUCCCCCUCCUGUUCAGGCGCUUGUCAAUCUGGACUGAUUGAGGUUGAGGCAGUCACAGCAGCCUACUGACUGUAGAGCAGGUUUAAUACAAUAAAUGUAAGCCAUGAGGCAUUUUUGUAAACAACCAAGAUGGCUGCAGCUUAAGUGAAACACUGUGACAGAACCUCACAUUACAUCCAACUGAUAAGUGCUGGCUACUCAAUCUUGUUGUGCAUUAUGUUGAACUAGAAGGAUAUGAAUCAAGUGUUGGAUAUAGCGAGCAUAUUGCGACCUGGCAGCCUGAGGGCUACAUCACAGAUUGGUUGUAGUGUCUGGAGGCAUUUUGGUCUUUGUUUGCACUCAUUUGCAAAAGGAAAAUGACCAUAGAGGUGCUGGAUGAAGUCACCUUAUGUAUGCUAGUGUAUGUUAGGGAAUGCCAGGUUUGUUUCAACCUCUGGGAAUGAGUUGCACAGGAGUUCAAAACAAUAUUUAUACAUCUAUUUAUACUGGUCAAAUAGUCUCAUUAAAAACACAUUUGAAUACUCUGUGUGAGAAAUCAGUGUACCAUCCAUCUAGAACAUCACAUUUAAUCAUAUUUUGACAAAUCUGAAGAUACUAUUUACUGCAGUAAUUAAAACAUUUGUGUACUUCUACAAAAUUUUGGUGUGAUUGAAAGUUAAAUUAUAAACAAUAUAAUAAUAAUACUAAUAUAAUAUAUAAUUUUGAAGAUGUGGCAUUGUCAAAGUGCUGAAAUGACACAAAGGAAAGUCUUUAGUUCUUUGUGAAGACUAAAUAUUAACUGUCAACAACCCAAGUGUCUGAUGUUGUCUAGUCUUGAGUCACUCAAGAUAUUAAAUCUGAUCAGGAUUAAAUUCCUCUUCAAUCUGGAUUAUGUCUCCAUCCCUCCCUCCUUCUCACGUCUUUCUCAGGGUUUUUUUUUUAAUUUGCUCUUCCUCUCUCUCUAUAUCACAUGACCAUAAGAGUGCAGAGUGCCUACAGCACAUGAUAGCAUUGUAACGAGGCAAAUGCUUCUGUAACACUGGAAAACUAAAACAGCAGCAGACACUUUCAGUAAUGUGCAUCAAGCUAGUACUCAUCAAUAUCAACUGACUUUACUGGAGGCACUGAGAGGGAUUUAUUAUGUGUCUGUAUAAGAUUUGGAAAUGUUGCUUCAAGGAUUGUCACCAGGGGAGGAAAAAAGACUAAUCUGGUGCAGUAAAAAUAUUUGUUUCCUAAAAAAGUAAAUCUUAACUGAUUACAGAAUGUUCUCUUGCUGUUUCAAAAACAUUUGGUUGAUUAUAGCAAUAAUGUGCAAAUCACAUAUUUGUUUAUGCUCUUUGCAUAGUUAAAACAACAUAAAUCUUUAGCACUCUUACCUCAUUCUCUAGGAAUAACUGUCACCUCACAACAGAAAAAAAAUGACUGCAAAGCUCCUUAUUAUCAUCCUCCUUUAAUCCUAGUCUGCAAAAUCCUGGUGCCUUACUGCACAACAGCUCAUAGGAUGAUUAUUAGAGAUUAGACCACUGACUUUACGCACAGCAUAUUUCUCCUCUCCGGUUUCUGACUUUUCAACCUUCUCAUUCUUUAUAUAUUUUGACAGUUGUUCAAAUAAAAGUGAUGUGUUCUUUGGCCUACUUCCCGAGCUUCCUCUCUGCCCCCUCCCCACACACACAGUGUCACCUCAGGGUUUAAAUGGAGAUCUGCUGCUGCCAUUCACUCAGACUGAGCAGGGCAAUCCACCAUGAGGAGUGAGUGGCAGCCAGGGAGGCUCGAAUUACUGUUGCUGGCGAUGAAAUACCCCCAAGGCCCUUGGCUUAGUUUUUCUAGCAGACAGUAAUGUUCACUUAACGCACAUGUCCUUCUGAGCAUUAAACUAAACUAAAGCACAUACUCUCACAGCCAUCACUAUGAUGGCCAUAGCUCAGUUUCAACAUUUUAUACAUAACUGGUAGUUAACCACCUCCGCUGUGUGUCUGCGUCCUGGAUCCCACACACACACAUGCACUGCCUACACACAACACAGUCACCCUGCUCCCACUGAAAAGAGUGCUCUCUCCUUGACCAGUGAAUUAUGCAUGGCCAUGCUGUAAAUCUUUCACAGUCCUGGAGACAAACCUUCAUAAAUGGGACAUACGCCAGCAUAUGUGCACGUUCAUGUGUGUGCACUUGUGCUAAUGUGUCUGCAUGUGUAUGUGUGUGCGUGUGUGUGCGUGUGACAGAAUGAUGAAAGAGAAGAAAAAGGAAGAAAUGCCAAUGGGAAACAUCUGGUCAUCACUUAUAUAACCAAAAACAAUAGGCUGUUUUCUUAGCUGCAGAUGCACCUCAUGUGUGUCAUUGUGCGUUUGUGUGUGUCUGUAUGUUUAUUUUGUGUGUUCCCAUCAUGCAUGUGUGCUACAUGUGCAUCAAAAAAGUACAUAAACAACAUACAAAAUUUAUAAAUUUCUCUCAGAGGAACGAUGUCUGAAGACAGAGGUCCAAAUGUUACCUUGUUAUGAGGCUGAAUGCUUUAACAGUAUUAGAUUAUUUACAUGAUUUCAUUAGCGGUAGAGGCUAAUUGCAUACAAAAACACACUAAUUAGCUCUAAGUAAAUCAAUGACACAUAUGAAUGGAUGUAUACUGGUCUGUACAGCGUAUGAAAAGGCCAGACAGAGAGAGUGUGUACGCCUGCUGUUGACAGUUUUGGUACUAACUGUAAUCUGUGCUAAUCUGGAUUAGAAUUCUAAACAGUUGAACCUCUCUGCUUUUCUAUUCAUCUUUGGUUGCUGGUUACACAACAGCUCCAGAAUGCGCUGUGUUUCUGCGAGUGUGUUUGUGUUGGUGGUGUGGUGGUAGUGUGCCACCACUUUCGGCCUUCUGGUUCCCUCCUUCUCUGUUGCCUACAGAGGUUUAAACCGCACACUGUCGUCCAGGUUUAGGGAUUAAGGUUGGAUUUGUUGCUCUCUCAAACUAUGGCUGUGUUUAUCUGAAUCAGGGGCAGAUGCAAGGGCACAUUUUUUAGAAAAUGAGGACGCAGAGCAGUGUUACACUGGCCUGGCAUCAAUCUAAUUAUGUUUCUACUGAAGCACAAUGUUGGGGGAGGGGAGGUGGGGGCAGCAGCAGGUUUCUCUGUCAGGGACACUGGAGAGCCAAAUUUCAGCUCCAAGCUGUGUUGUACAUGAUAUUUGUCUGCCAGUGACUCUAAUGAUCAUAUCAUGGCUGUAACUUUGAUUAUUGCCAUUAUUUGUAUUUUUUUUCUUCCUUCUCUUUGAUACUACCAAAUUUCACAAAAAUAACAUGAAAUAUGAAAAAUAGUGCUGGAUGAUUAAUUAAAGAAGAAACAGACAAUUGCAUAUUGAAGAAGCAGGAUCUAGAUAACAACAAGUAUUUUUGUAAUAAAUUUUAAUAAAAGGUCACAGCAACAUCUGGUGCACAUCUUGUGUUCUUCAUUGUAGACUUCAGAUUUCUAUAACUGCGUCUGAUCAAAUCCCAAAAGUUACUCAGUGUGUUAUGAUGAUAAAGUGGGUUUUUAUAUGUUCCCUGAAUCUUUCUAAAGUCCUUUAUCUCCUUUUCAUAUCUGUUUCUUUUCUAUGUAACAUUGUUGAUGCCCUGUGAAGCAUAAUUUUUUCAUUAGGUUUGUCGUAUUACAUUAUUGCAUUAUAAUUAAAACAAACUUUUAAAGGUGUAGUGUGUGGUGAUCAAACAAUUAACGACAUCCAGUCAGAUUCUAAAUUAAAACCGUCCACUUUUUGUGGCUUUUAAAGAACAAACAGCCCCUGUGGUAUGUGUUCAGUAUGAUCUUCCAUUUGUCAAGUUUCUCCUAUCAAAUACAUCACCCAAAACAAAUUUGUACCUGGAACAACAGCAUUCAUACUGAAUUAAGGGUUAAUGAGGAUGUGGACAGUGGCACCGCGCUUUGUAACUGAAAACUACCUCCAAUGUAGAUCAUUGUUGUUAUUGCUGAUACUUAAUCUGCUAAUUAAGAAGUAAUUGAUUUUAGUUCUUCCUCACCUAGACUUUGACACAUGCCCAUGAGAAUAUGAAAGGAUAAUGUGUGGGUUUAUUGCUGUAUUUUAAAGGGAUAUUCCGGCGUAAAAUUAAUUUAGGGUUAAACACCCUAACACUGAGUUAUAGACACCCCCUCAAGAGAUGAAUGUUGCCGACCGCUUGCUUCUUUAGUUAUACCAACUUUAGAAACGACCGCACGAUAGCAAUAUACAGAGGUCUGAGGAGCCAUAAACAAACCUCAACCAAAACACCACUCUAUAGCCACAAAUAAUGCUCAGAACAGCACCUAACUUCAUCAACAGUACAUAAAGGGUCCCAGCCAUCAAACAUAUUUUUAACUUUGCCUGAUUUCUUUAGCAAAGAGACUAAACAUGAAUCACCUACUGUCUUCCAGCAGCCGCUUGUUUGUAGCGAGACCUCGGACCAGUCCAUUACAGACUGCUGUGGGGUGACGCAGCUCAAGGAAGAACAUUUGGUGGUGGCUAGUGCUGUGGCUAGGACCCUAUUUGUACUGUUGAUGAAGUUAGGUGCUGUUCUGAGCAUUAUUUGUGGCUAUAGAGUGGUGUUUUGGUUGAGGUUUGCGCAUGGCUACUCAGACUGCUGUGUAUUGCUAUCGUGGUAAAGUUGGUAUAACUAGAGAAGUAAGUUGUCAGUAACAUCCAUUUCUCUCAACAGGGUGUCAAACUCGGUGUUGCGGUGUUCGACCCUAAAUUAAUUUUACGCUUUAAGUCAUGAAUCAAGUAAAUCAUUGAACAUCCUCUGCUUCAUUCUUCUUAAUGUGAGAAUCUGAUUCUGUUUUGCUUUUAUCAUCAUAUGCUGCAUCGAGUCCUUUUGAGCAUCUGUCUCUCUCUGUCCUCCUGCUCCAGGCUGUCACAGGGAAAAGCUUUGGGGAGAGGGACUUCCGCAGUGGAUUGGAGAACGGCAUCCUGUUAUGCGAGUAAGCCUGUGACAUCCCUCCCACCCAGCUUUUGAUGACAGAAGUGGCAACAGUGUACAUAAACUCCUUUAAGAGUCAAUAAAAUGUCCUCUCUCCUCCUCCUCUCUGCAGGCUGCUGAGUGCAAUCAAACCAGGGCUGGUCAAGAAGAUCAACAGACUGCCCACCCCCAUCGCAGGGCUGGUAAGGAGGCUCGCUCCUGUGUAGAGCAGCCUGUUUUUCAAAGUGAUAAAUUGACCGUCUGUGACCCCCUGCUGUCAUUUUUAGGACAACCUGUCAGUCUUCCUGCGAGGCUGUGAGGAGUUGGGCCUGAGGGGCUCACAGCUGUUUGACCCCGGAGACUUGCAAGACACUUCAAUACGAGCUAAUCUCAGGGAUUCCGACUGCAACCGCAAACUUAAAAAUGUGAGGAUCAAUCGCUGUUUCUUUAUUUUACUCACUUCUGUCCUUGUCUUGAGUAUUUUUAGACACACAACAAACCCCUUUAUUGGUGUUUCUUAGGUGUUGAACACAGUGUUCUGGCUGGGAAAGGCUGCCAGCGGCUGUGCCUCCUACAGCGGUCCAAAUCUUAACCUCAAGGAGUUUGAAGGGCUUCUCGCUCAAAUGAAGGUGGUGAGUGAAAACAGCAAAGAGGUUGGAGCAGGAAGGGGGAGGAGAGGGAGACAGAGAGAAAGACAGAUUCUAGUACAGAGGAGAUGCGGGGGAUGGAUUUGUUAGUUUCCUGUCUUUGUUGGGGUGCAGGGGAGACACGCGAGACUGAAGACAAACACGUUUUUGUUUUUGUUACAACAGAGCCACUCUUAUUUCAGGGAGAGACAGAAGGGAAAAACAGGAUAUGAGAUUAGCUCUGCACGUCCUAGCCACAAAGUUGAGAGUUUUUUAUGCACGAUAAUGCAAAGACAUUUCCCUUUCUAUCCUAAUAACCACAAUAUCCAUAUCCUAGGCUGUGGAUUGUGUUUUGAGUGGGUUUCUUCAUGCAUCUCUUCCAUUUUACACAUUUUCUUCCCAUUUUCACAUGUGUUGCAGGAGAGCGAGGACGGAGGGGACAGUCCACAGAAGCGUAGCGUGAGAGACAGUGGUUACGAUUGCUGGGACUCCGAAAGAAGCGAGUCUCUCUCACCACCACGACACACCCGCGACAACUCCUUGGACAGGUGAGGGACAUCUGUCAGCACACACACAAACCCAAAUAUGUCCACGCACACACCAAGGAAACUUGAGAUCACUGUUGACAAGUUCAGUACAACCGUCAGCAUUUUAUACGUACUCAAAAUGUGACAGAAACGAAUACCCAUUAGAUUAAAACACUACAUUUAUAUUUUUGGUGUUUAAACAUGAUGAAAAUAUAAAAAGAUUUUUUUGUUUUCCACAGUUUGGAUUCCUUUGGCUCUCGCUCAAGGCACAGCCCUUCUCCUGAUGUGGUGAAUCGAGGCGCCGUUGAUGGUUGGUUGACUUAAAUGACUCUCAAAAGAGAAAAGUACAAAAUUUGCAAUAUGCUUGUUAAGCCCUUAUGCAUAUUCCCUUAAAGUUUUACCAAACUCCAUUGACUGUUUUAAAGGCAGAAAAGAAAAGUGCAUAUAGUUGUUCUCAUUUAACCAGGAGAAGUUCAAGCUUAUCCCCUAAAAUGUUGAGCUUAACCUUGAAACACCAACACAAAACUGCUGAUCCAUCAACAGUCUAACUGCUGAUCUUCUACAUGUUGGUGUUUCAAUCUUGGUAUGUCAUGGCCAGUCAGGCGGGUGGUGGACGACAGCUGAACCUCUCAGCCACUGUGUAUGUAUGUGUGUGUGUGUGAAUGUGUGAGUGUGUGUCCCAGAUGCAGCAGCUGUUGCUCUAAGUGGCAAUCAUUAGUGAUUUGGACCUGAGAAACACAGCCUGAGGUCAACAUCCUGCCUUUCAUAUGUCAGUCUGUAUGUGUGUGUGUGUAAGUGUGUGUGUGUGUGUGUAAGUGUGUGUGAAAAGGGGAGGAUCACAGGCAUCCUGUUUGUGUCUUUCAUGUAGACUGUAAAAUGGGAACCAAAGGGUGACAAGAAAAACACUAUUUCAAGGUUGGGGAAUAGAUUGCAUUUCUACACUCCCUGGAGGUUAUGGAGAAAGUGUGCGUCCUCACCGUUCGAUGUUUCUCACCCACCAAGAAAGAAUGAAAGGGCGUAUUGUCUGUCUUCUGUCUGCAGGACGUAUUAUCUACUUAAAAUUAAACCCACCUAAAGAAGGAAAGGAAGAACUGAUGAAACUGUCUGAUCCAAUAGUCUGUUGCAGUGAACUUUAAAUAACUUUGCUCCACUGUGGAUCCUACAGUAUAUUGAAUCUGAUCUAAUUUUUCCCAGAUUCUGUUUAAUUUUGUCCAAGGUUCCAUUGUUUCCGUUUUUUAUUUUAUUCAAACUCUUAAGGAUAUUGAUAACGUCUUCAAUAUGCAUUAAAAAGAUAACAAACAAAACAAAAUCUUGUUUUGUAUUGUUUGCACAAAGGCAGGUUUUUUGAAGGGAGUCUUCUGUUUCUAUUUCUGUCUGUUUUUGAUGCUAGUUAUUUUUUUUUUUUGCUUGUAGGUGGUUGUCCCAUGUGUUCUUGUUGGUAUAACCAACCAUAUGCUGAGAAAUCUAUAGAAAAAUUCCUCUUCUGAUAUUGUUCUGCUCCAACUGUCACAUAUCUUCAUUUUUAAUGACUCAUGUCCCAGUUCAUGACACUAUCUUCCCUUUCUAACAAAUGGAUAAAAACACACAAAACAAAAGCUAACAUGGAGUUAGUCUGUCCUAACAAUUGUGCAUUGUAACAUUUACAUAAGUUAUUAUUCAAGGACCAAUUAAAACUGCAAUCUUGACAUACUCUCUAACCACCUUUGCCCUUUUCUCAUUAAUGCUCCAUUGCUCUUUGUUGCCCAGGGCGAGGCAGCGACUCAGAGGCUGAUGCCCCAAACAGGAGGCCAGAUGUGCGGAAAGAUGACAUGUCGGCCAGACGGACGGCCAGCAGUGAAGCGAGGAGCUCCAUUCCCUUUAACCAGUUUCUUCCUAAUAGAACGAACGCAACUUCCUACAUCCAGAUUCCACGACGGAAACAACAUAACGAGGAGGGAGAGCAGCGAAGGUAAUGACCAACACAAAUGAGCAAUAUUAAUUCACAUUCAAACUAUUAACAGUACACACAUACUGCAAUGAAAAGAAAUGAGACAAAACAAAAACAAACAGAGAACAAAAGAAAAAGGAUUAUUCCAGUGGGACAACAAAGAUUUCCUAAUCCAUAAUCUUUUCCUGCCAUUACACACCAUUUCUUAGUCACAACCCCACCAUGCCAGAGCAAGGUAAAAGAAAUGGAGCCCACCAUAAAAUUCCCAAAACCGUCACAUGGGCUCCUGAAAACACUGACGACAAAGAAGAGGAGGAGAAGGUGACACAAGAGGUGUUGGAACAGAGGAGACUGCAGAGGCUGCAGAAGGCGGGGAUCAAAGUUCUGCCUGCUGCUGUUCGCUACAGCAGGUCAGGGCAGAGGGGCAUGAAGGCUGCUGGUGAUGACUGGUGUUGUUAUGUUACUACCUCAUGGUGCUCUGUUCACACUGGUGCUGUGGUCUGAUUUGUGGUUUUGGUUGCAGAAGUGGUUGUUAUGUUGAACUACCUCAUGGCGCUCGAUUCACACUGACGGUGUGGUUUGACCUUUGGCUUUGAUUGCAGCAGAGGGCUUCUUAAUGAUGUUGGCUUCGAGUCUAACUGCUUGCAUUUUUUCUGUAUUGUUUGAUUGCUAGAGGUUCAUCUGGAUAAUAUUGGUUACUGUACUUAAAUUUUGCUGCACACUAAUGUUUUUGCUCGUGACUUGCGAUUAACUGCUGGGACGUUUUGACAGAAUGCUUGCAGCUGUUUUUCACCAUUCUGCACCAAAGUGAUGUGCAUAUAUUCACCUAUCGUCAACCUAACUGAUGGGACAUUCAUGGGAUCUUAAUUAACUGCGAAAAACCUUACUCCGCCAUCCCAUCCCCAGCCCUCCCACAAUGGAGGAACAUGACAGGAGGUCCCCAUCCCCGAACAUCAUCCUCCGGUGUGAAAAUGACUUUUUGAGCUCUCAGAAAUCCGCAUGGGACACGACCUCUGACGGGGAAGAGGAGGCACAAGUUCGUAAAGUUCCCGAUGUUCGCAAAGACGACCUGGCAUCAAGAAGAGCCAACCGUGGCCCUGCGACUCCAAAGGUGCAUCAGUUUGUUCCUCCGCCUGUGUGUAGCAGCAAAGACUGGGAGCGCUUGGAGGGUAUAAGACGAGCCUCGCAGCAAACUCUGCAGGAGACGGAGAUCAGGUCAGCCAGCGUAUGUCUGUGUGUUUCUGUUUUCUUCACCCCUUUUUCUCUAACUCACAUAUAGAUAUUUACCCCUCACUUUCCUGCUUUGGUGUUUGGAUGCUGUGGUCAAUUAUGAUUUGACGUGUGUGUGUGUGUGUGUGCUUCACUUUGACGCUGGAUGUGUGAUGACAUGAUUGGACAGUGAGAAGGAAGCAGUCCCUGACAUCAUUACCCGCAGAGACAACCCCUUCCUAAAUCCUGCCUCUCGCCUCAAGGAAGAGGAGGAUGAGGAGGAAGAGGCAGAAGAAGGAAAGGUUAAUGUGAUGCCCAAUAAGCAGAAGGAUGACCUGGCUCAAAGGCGGGCUCAGAGUAGACCCCUCCCCCACAGGGACGGACCAAAGAGCUUUGUUUCUGCCUCCAUGAGCCAGGCAGAUAUGCAGAAGUGGGAGAGGCUCAAGCUUACUCAACCCAGGUGCCCAGCAGACACACUCUCUGUUUUAGCACACAUGCAGUACAAAGCACUUAAAUGCUGCUGUAUGGAAAGUGUGUUUGGUCUGUUAAUGACUGCACAGAGUGUGUGUAUGUGUGUGUGUAUGUGCUUUUAGGGUUUAUUCCACUCUUAUGCUGAUCGUAGAGGGCAGAGGAGGCUCAUCAGUCAGCCGGGCUUACCGGAUAGCUUUUAAAUUUACCAGCAGAGGAAUAAAAUCUACCAAUAAUUGAUACCUAACAUUGAAUGCCAACCAAUUCAUAUCGUUUUUGACCUUGACAAAGUAUGCAUUAUGAUUAAUCCUUAUCAGCUUCUUAAAAAGCUUGUCAUUUCUUCAUUAUCAUUUGAUCAUGUUAGAUAAGAAUGACUCUUAAAGGUGGGGUAGGCAGGAUCUGAGGAAGUGCCAGUUUUAUAGGAGAAAUCUUGUAUGCGAACACUACCCCUCUCGACCAGUUUUACCCUCAGCUCCUCCUCUCCCCUCCCUUUCUGCUCCAGCAAGCCCCGCCCACAAACAGAGGCUUGUCCUCGCUCGUAUCAUUUCAAUUUAAUCAGAUAUAAUGCAGAUAAAUACUUCAGAUAAUUACAAACGAGGCCCAGUCAAUGUGAAAGUGAAAAGCAUUGGUGCUACUGUAGAUGCCAACAGACGACCAGCAAACACAAUAUUUGCAGGACUUCUACAGCUAGGAUAAAGUGACAUAGUCCAGGACCCGAGGUCAACAGUUUAGCCGCGCUACAACACGCAGCAGGUCCCAUUUGACAAGAAACACUUCUGUUACAGACACUUGUGGUUUACCUGUCCAGCAGAAAGGUUACAGGGUCUGUAAGAUCCUGAAGCGUCCCCCAUCGUUUUAUGUUGACCCGGCUUUUUAUCUCUUGUCCGGUCUACCUCCUUUUUAAGCGCCUGUUGUUCCGCCAGAGUCUCUAGUAUUUACUUCGUUUUCCUGCUUGUGUCAUCAGUCUUGGCCAAAGGAGGAUUCAGACAAUUUUCCGUACUUUCUGGUUGGUUUCUACUGUCCGAUAUUGUAGCACGCUAACUUUUGUUUGGGAUCGUGAACGACACAGGGUAGCAGCGUCUGCCUCACAACCAAUCAGGUCGGGGAGAUGUAGAACAGCUUUGUUUACAGUCUGAAAGAGCGGGCCGCUCAAAAAUGUUAAAUGUUGACUACACAGACAUAACAAAACAUAGCGAUAUCGUGAUAUUACCAAAUAUCAUCAAUAACUACUAGGUACUGACUGAUAUUAAAAGCUUUUUUGUAUAUACACCACAAAAUGGAAUCCUGCCUACCCACCUUUAAGUCAGAACAGUUAUUUUGCUCUCUGCAUCCAUUUAAUGUUUAAACUGUUAAAUGUUUGUCUUCACUCUGUUUGAUGAUAUAAAAAAAACUCCAAUUGAUUAGUAAUCCUUAGUGUUACUGGCUGGCAGCUGUUUUUUUUUAGCUAAGCUAAUUGAUGCCUGAAUGUAGCUUCAUAUUUACUCCAGAGACAAAACAGUUGUAUCAGUUUCCCCAUCUUACCUCUUAGAAGACAAAAAAAUCACUGUUAUUUGAUAUGUAACUUGAAAUCAUUCAUUAAAAACAUUCCUGACUAUCAUUAUUAGUUAAAUAUGCGAUUUUGCUACUUUUGGGUGUAAAUUCAACGUAUUGUUCAGGAGGGAAAUAAUUGACACGCCUCUUUUUACUCAAGGAAAUGAUCAUUGGCAUGUCAAAAAGUUCCUUACAGGGCCUCUUAAAGUGUGACACAUUUAUAUAGUCAGACCCCUCUUUUAACAGACAUCUCUUGUGCUACACUGAAUAAGCAAUACGUACUCAACUUUAAACCUUCAUCUCACUUCUUGGUGUCAGUCAUUCUUCACUUUGUUUGUCUUCUAUCUCUGGUAUCCUUUUGUAAGCAGAUGAACAUCUCCUCAGAUUUAGUCUCCCCAUCUCUUCUCCUCUCUGUUACUCCCCAUGUUCUCAUCUGCUUGUUUAUUCUCCUCACUAUUGUGCACUUCGGUCCUCCUCAGUCUUCUUUGACAGGCAUUGAAACAGAGCAGGGAACUGGCCGUUGUGUGUGAGAGGCGACUGUUGGCUGUAAGCACUGCCUCGGCUUUUGUUUUUCUCUCUCUGCGCUGAUGUCAUUAGAUAGGAUAAAGAGUUUUUUGUGUUCCCAGAAGAGCACAAGUUACCAGAAAACUUAAGCUACCUUGAGUGGAUAGAAAGCGCAGUCAUGUAUGCUGUGAGUGUAUGUGUGUGGAUGGCAUUUAAGCACACGAUCCCAUGCUUUGUCCUCUUCAGUCCAUCCACAUUUCCUGUCUGAUUCAUCAUUUCCACCUCAUCCUUCCUUUGUCUCUAGUUGUUCAUGAUUUCUUCCCCCUUGUCCUUUUCCUGGCUGUUGUGUGUGUGUGUGUGUGUGUGUGUGUGUGCGUAUGGGUGCGUCUUCAUCUGUGAGAUUGUAUUUACAGUGAGGCUAGCCCGGCCCCUGUGUGUCAGGCUUGUCUGGAGAAAAAUUAUGGAAGCCCUUUCAGCGGAUCAGCAAAGGCUGGACGAGGUCACAGCAAAGUUGUGACCUUUGGGGGCGUGACUGAGAUUGAGCAACCAAUAGACACAGUAACGUCAAGUGAAGGGGAGGAGACAGAGUUGCUAAGACGACUCCUUUCCAAGGCAACUGUAGCCAUGCCCACCAUUGGCCUGGGCUCCCGGCUUUCAGAGCGGGAACGCAGGUAUGAGGGCAAGGCCAAAAACAAGACAGUUUAGGUCUGAAACCAGAGUCUGUUGCUUUAGUAUGGAAUGCACUGAGGAAUGGCAGUCUUGAUGAAAUAACAGGAAUAUUAUUGUUUGACACGAUGUUGAAAAGUAGCUGUUUGAGAUUGAAAAUAUUUCACAUUUAAGGAUUGUUUGGAUGUGUUCAGUAGUUUGGUUGCGCCUCUUUGCAUUGAACUGAUUUGCUUGUAGUUUUUAAGAGAAACAAAUCUGAACGUGCAUGCACAUGCUGCUGUGCAGAGUUAGUGCAUAUAUUGGCUUUGCUGAUAUAAGUACAAAUGCAUCAGUACUGGAUACUGUUGACUGGCUGAUUUUCUGAAAGACAUGUUUUGUAACUAAGUAUGAACCUGUUUUCAUCAUUAUAAAGUAAAUAGCAAAGAGUUUUUUGACUCUCAAAAUAUCUUGUUCAAGUUAUAGCAACUAACUUGUGUAUGUUUAUGCUUUUUUUUUUUUAAAUAUGAAGAGCUGCACAAUAAUGCAGUAAAGAUAAUCGUGAUUGUUUAGGUACAUUCUGAUACAGCGAUUAUUAACCAUAAUUUGAAUGAUCCUUUGAAUGUUUACUUCAAAAACAUAAACUAUGUCCUGUGUCUUAAUUAUUAUCUGGGCAGGACUUGGACAGAAAAUCUGCCAAAUGUUUUUUCAAGUAGCCCUUAAGCUUUAUUUCUAAGAGGACUUUAAUCUUGAUGAUGAUAUGGUGAAACACAGGACUUUCACUUGUAAUAGAGUAUUUCCACAGUAACAUUCAAUCACAGAGCAGUUACAGAUGUUUUCUACAGUAUUUUGCAUAUAUAUUUUAAACUGGAGACUCAGACUUUUUAAACUUUUCGAUGCUGUCGUAUUGGCUGCUCGCUAAGAAAUUACUAGCUUGUUAAUGUAGUAGCUACAUUCUCUGUGCAACAUCAACACCAAGAUAGUCCUGCAAUUUCUGUUGAUUUGGUAGAUCAAGGCGGGGUGGUAACAGCUGCUGUGUGAGAGGUGCAAACUGCAGUGUGUGCACGUGUCUGUGUGUGUGUGUGGAAAAGAGAACUAUAGGGAAGCAAACUGAGGAGAUUAAUGUAGUUUGCUGGUCAUCAAACAAGAGUUUCAUUAGGGGAAUAAAUGAGUGCAUAGUGAACAUCAUAUGUAACUUAACAUCAAUCAAACAGGGUAAUGCAUCUCUUAAAAUACUUUUCAUCAACAACUACAUGAAGUUUUCUUUGGACAGAGCAUGCAUUAUUAAUGUUGAUCAUUAUCAUGAUUCAUGUUUUUUGGGGUCAUGGAGAAGCCAUAAUCAUGGUCGCAUUUUGAUUCUCUAUACUAACACAUAAUCUGAAAAACUUCCAGCCUGGAAAGGGGGGGAGUUUUCAUGUUAUCUGAUGUGUCUAGUGCAACAACUAGCAACGAUUAGAGACAAAAUAAUGACCUGCUUAUAGUUCUGAAACACUAUGGAGUUUAAAUGAGUCCAAAACUGUAUAUGAUUGCGGGCUCAGGCUGAGUCAUAUAUUUCUUAAGUUUGUUUCUGUGAAAAAGACAGAAAACCUUUAAAACAGCUUUUUGUCGUGACUGUGACAGAUGCUGUCAUUACGAUAAGCAGUUUGUAAAAUUGAAAAAAACCUCCUUCUCUUUGAGGACAGCUCUAAAUAUGUUUACCUCUGAUUUAUGUUACAGAAGUGCUUGACUUGGCUCAAAAUUUCAUCGUAAUAGGAGUAGCUGAGGUUUUUUUCUCUUUCCACUGUAGAUUUGCAUCAGAUUUGCAUGUUUUUUCUAACCUCUACUGAUUUGUUGCUUUGGCAUUUUCCCCUUUACAAGUUGCUCUCUGUCUGAUUACCUGAGGCCUGCUUUACCUUUAUGUUUAAGUCUGGAGUUUGAACAGGUUUGGGUCCAAGUUUUCCAAUUUUUGCUGCUACACUUUGAGCUUUAUGUGCUACUCUCACAGCCAGGUAGAUGGAGCUGACGUCAAUCAAACUAGCCCUCCCUCUGCUGCCCUCUCGCCCUUUACUCUUGAAACACCUCCCACUCCCGCUGAGGUGGACGCACGUCUGGCUAUGUAUGAACAGAGAGCAGAGGAGGAGGAGGAAGAAGAGGAGAGGAUGCCUGAUCUGCAGAAAGAUGACAUGAUGGCGAGGAGGACAGGAGUUUUCCAUAAACAAAACCCUGCUACAGUGACUUACAACCGAUUCCUGCCUCUGCCCGCCUCUCAGCACUGCAAACAAGGCGAGGUCACUACUGAUGCCGCUCCUCGGAACAGGAGGGAAGUUCAGGCAGAGAGGAGCAAGAAACUUAACCUCAGGUGGGCUGAGACUGGUGUGGAACUGUCUAACAGCAUGAGGAGGCACUAACAAACUCAGUGUGGAAAAGAAAUUCUCAAACUUGGCUUUUAGUUAUUUCAACUAUCGGAGUUUCUUUCAUAGAGUGGAACCACAGCAACCCAAAGUUUCCAUGGAAACACCUAAACCUCAUCCUGAAAAUACCGUGAUCAGAGCAACAUCGCACAGGGAACAUGAAUACGAUGAUGAGGACGAGUAUGAUGAAAGCGAGCCUGCGCCUGAUCUGGAGAAAGAUGACAUGAUGGCUCGAAGGACGGGGUUGAUACAAAAAAUGAGCGCAACCAGAGUGAAUCAGUUCCUGCCUGUUCCUGGAUCAGUGAAGUAUACAAUCUCCCCGGUGUCCGCAAUGAAGCCGUUUAACAACAGCAGAUCUAAACAUCCAGAGAGGAUGGCCAGUGAAAGGUAUUUGCCGGGUUGGAAUGAUGACAUUGCUGUGCUGGUCGACUAAUAAAGCAUUUUAUUUUAUUUUUUUACCUUUAGCCGAAAACUUGAGGUGUACUCUUUGCCGUUUGUGUGUGAAAGGACUGGUCGACUUUGAUUUACUGUUGUGGUUGGAUUGUUGGAGCUUGAGUUAACAAAGUUUGAGCCUGCUGUGACACAUCUAACAUGCGUUUGUUGUCGUCGAUGUAGAGGCUCAACACUGGUUGUGUGUGUUUGGCAUGAGCUUGUUUAUUAGCUGAGAAUGGACACCUAAAUCUUUGUAUUUGAAAGGGUAAAUCACUGCUGAAUUUCAUGGUUGCUUAACAGCUGCUGCUCAGCUGUAGUAUUUUAAAUGUCUUUGGUUUGAUCAUCUAAAUUCCAGAAAAAAAAAGAUCUUAAACUUUUUAUAAACCCCUGAUGUGUUUCAAAGAGCUCUGUAGCCUGGUACUCAUCACUGAGAACAGAAUAGUAUCUUUUAAAGGACUGCUCAAUUCAAUGUAGACCCUCUCAUUAUGCAUUUAUUACUGACAUCUUUUUUUCACAACAUAUGAUUGAUCGUGUCGUGAUGCCUGAGAGCAGAUUCCUGGUAUUUUGGAUUCUUAUUCGAAGUUCUGGGUAGUUACAGAGUGUCAGACCUGUUUGGUUCCAGCUGAACAUUGACUCUACUUUUCCUGAACGCUCUACCAAAUCACAUAUUUCUUUUAAAUAUACUCCCUAACUUAAGAAAAUCAUGCUGAUUUAUGUCGAAGUGUUGCUAAAAUUACAUAAACUUUGCUUUUUCUCCAGUAGAUAUGUAGCCAGAGAGACCAGAGACUUGUUUUUGAUAAAUUUGUUAGUUUCUUUUGAGUUUUUCAUUGAGCAACAGGGGUACUUUCCUGGCUAUAAAAUGUUGCCUAUCACAAAGAAAGAGUAAACAAUAGUGAUCCCAAACAGUCUUAUUAGCCCAGCUAUCUGUCUUUCACUAGUGUCGAGAACAACAACCAGAAAUCAUGUUGUGACAAAGAUGUUGCUUGUGGGUGCAGAACACAUUUUUUAACGUUUUCAGCAAAAGAACUAUGAUUUCAUUCGUCAACUCUUUGUUCUCUGGAAUUUGGAUGAUGAGACAACUGGGUGUUUUUUUAAAACUGACCACAUGCUGGUGAAACAUCCAUAAAAGAGCAGAUCGGCCGCAGUUUUCUGUCCUCUGUUUUUGCCCUGAUUUGCCCUUCAAGCUGUAUAAACUGGUAAUCUUGGCCUUGUCACUGGAUUUUAGCAGCAUGGUUGCCGGGGCAGCAGAACCUCAAGCUCCUUCCUCCAAAGCCCCGACUCCACCAAAGCCUGCAAGGCUGAGAGAGAAGCAGAAGGAAGAGAGAAAGCAGGAGGGAACAGCCUUUAACACCACAGUCACAGAGGUGGUGGGUAACCUCUCUGCUCCCAUACUCACCCCUCCACCAAGCCCUGCUGCUGCUGCUGCCAAUAAUUGUAAAGUGGAGGUAAAGAUGGACAAGCGGGAUGUGGAGGGGAGAGAUGAGGCAAAGGUGGAAGAGAGAAAGGGAGAAGUGAAGGAAGAACCUCGAAAGAAACCCUCCUGGCUGGAUGAUGAUGAUCUGCCGCCCAUGAUGUGAGAUGCCUGUCAAACUCUUGUCUGCAUGCAUCUUCGUCACUUCCCAUUUCAGAUUUAGCUCUUCCAUUCACCAGUCCCAAUGUUUAUGAGACUUCAAAUCUGCCAAUGGGAGUGACUGAAUGAUUGACAGCAUUAUCUAGGAGAUGCCUUCUCCUGGGAUGUCAAGUUGUGACAUUUGCAUCAAAGCAUAACAUGCCGCUAACCAUUUAUUCUCUUGCUUGCUUUUUUUCCAUUCACUCUGUUCUGUUACUGUUUUAGGAUGAGCCGGCGAGUUGCUUUUAUGUCUGAGGACAACGAGUAAGUCUAUUUUGGCGCAAACCUGGAUGAGUUUCUGCAUGAUACCAACUUAUAAAACUCUGUGCAUGUUACAUUCGACAUGCAUACAUACAGACAUCAUCAACGCUUUAUGAUUAUACUCAUGGCAGUCCAUCAUCAAACCCAUACUCUGUACUAACGUCUUCAAUUCUCAUCUUUAUUUUGCUGGAAAUGUGAUUCUCUUUCGUUUAAUUUGAAGGGUUGUCAUUGAAAUACGCUCCCUCAAUAAAGACUACUUUACUAACACUCUGAUAUUCGAUGAAUUUACGUGUUUGUCUCAGAGAAUAUUUUUGUUUUCUUUUGGUGAGUUUGUGAGAACACAUGACAUUUAAGUUGCUGUGCAGAGCAACACAUACAGUACACAACCAAUGAUAUACUUCCUCGGGAAAGAAAGGCAAAUAUAUGAAAUAGAUUUAGUGUUGAGAUGACUUUCACUUGUUGUGUAUGCGUAUGUCUUGCUUUGUGUUCAUAUCUCAUGAGAAAAUAGGUCAUAUGUGCGAGCAGACCAUGUUUUGUUAAGCCAUCUAUUAAUUUUGGAAAGAGUGCUGUUUUUUUUUCUUUCCCUCGCUGAUCCUCUUCUGUUAGGAUCAUGUGUUGAGUUUUUACGUCACAUACGUAUAUCUGAAAUAUGUUGGAAAUGUUCGCUAACCUUGCAUAAGUGAACAAUAUAUCAGGCAGCUGAUCGGAGAUGCUGUCUGAUAAAGUGAUGCAGAAGUUUGUAAAAGAGUAUUCUGUGUUUUUUUCUUUUUUCUGUUGUAGGAGUGUGAGCAUGGGUGACAUCCUCAAUGAGGACGAAGUGGGACAGUUACCGCCGCUGAGCCAAUCACGACACGAGCGCAUGCAUGAACAGUACAACAACUUCAUGGAAGAGGACGAUCACUGGAGAGACGUAAGGAACUUAUGACAUUUGAAGGAGUGAGAUAGAGCGUUGAACCUGUAGUAAAGGGGAAAAUAUGAUGUUAAUGAGCUGUUCAAAAACAAAAAGAUUAUUAUUGACUUAAUUAUUGACACCGUUUGACCUCUUUGAAUCUAUGGCAGGACUUGGCUCGAUGGAAGAAUCGCCGCCGCAGUGCGUCACAGGAGCUGAUCAAGAAAGAGGAGGAAAGGAAGAGGAUGGAGAAAAAGAUGAGAGAGGAGGGGGGUGACAGCAACAAGAGGAAAAGUAUAAAGACCUACAAGGAAAUCGUGGAGGAGAAGUAAGGAGAAACUCGAUCCUUCUGGAACAUUAUGAACUAAAAAGAAAUUUUAAAAAACAAAAACAACAACUCCUGAUGUUUUGUGUUUGUUUUUGUGUUUAGGGAGCGCAGAGAGGCGGAGUUGUGUGAAGCCUACAGGAGCGCAGCGACUCCAGAGGAGGCGGCCAUGGUUUUACAGCGCUACGCUCUUCGUUUUACAAUCAGUGAUGCAACACUGGACAGUCUAAAGCUGCCCAGAUCCACUUCAAAACCCAAACAGGACCCCAGUCUAGUGGAGCACAAGGAGCACAAUACUGAAACAUCAGAACCUCCGCAGCACAAACCAGAACCAGCUGGUAUAACGGACCAGACCUGCACAACACCUGAGGAGCUGGAGUCAGACACAACCGCACAGCAAGAGACAUCAGAUUCUGUGUCCUCCAGCACUACAACACCCAGCAGUCCCCCCACCCCAGUGGCUAACUCAGAACCUGUGCCGCCUCUAUCACUGCAACUCCACGAACCUCAAACAAAAGCUGCAGAUUUUACAAACACACAACAGAAAGAAGCAACAAAGCAACAAACACAACACACUUCGCCUCAGACUGCACAGCCUCACACAACACAGCCUGCACACGCACUCCCCUCCCCUUUAUCUGCCCCCUCAAGACCUGUCCCCCUGCUGGCAGCCAAACCCUAUUGCCAGCCCAAGAGCACACAGGCCGGACACAGACCUGUGAAGGUGAGGAUUCAGUUACAGUCUUUUAACCCAGUCUCAUAAACCUCUCAUAAAGCCCGACCGUGUGCUCCAAGUCUAUGAGGUGGCUGUUGUAUCGAGGAGAUUUAAAACUUCUUAUUUUUGCAUCUUUUGGAUCCACUUUUACCUGUCUGCUUGCACCUUGAAGAUUUGCUGAACAGUUUGAAGUUUGAAGUUUGAAGUUUAUUUCGAUCUGGUCAUAUCCAUUCAAUAUAUACAGUAAAUUACAAGAAAAGAAAACCGGACCGAAAAGGCAUAGGCUGAAGCAAAAGCUUAUUAUCGCCUAUCCUUCUUACUAAAUCAAAAUAUUCAAAAUAUCUUAUUUCACACGUUAGAUAGAAAACAAAAACAAAACACAACAACAAAACAAAGAAUAAAAAUAUGACUCAGAGGAAAGAAAAAAAUUAAUAAAAAUAAUAAUAAUCAAAUUAAAUCCAGAAUAUAAAUUAAUCCGUAACCUCAAUCAUUUUUUCUAUAAUUUUCGAUCACCUUGCUUUUAAACAACGAUUUGAAUUUGUGAAUAGUCUGACACGUUUUUAAUUCAUCGUCAACAGUAUAUUGAUUUUGUGAUACCAGUCAUCUUUGGCCCCAUGUACAAAUGGUGCUUACAUACUAAAGUGCACCUUACCACUGUUGAUGUGCCGUAAAUUACAAGCGCAUAUAUUUAAGUUUACACAAAUAUUUAUCAGCUUUUUCUUACCGUCACACAUCUCCACCGUGUAGAGAAGAAAACCAAACUGUAUCCUGACUAAGUUCUCAGGUGUUAAAAUCGAAAGUACCAUAAAAAUGCUGAAAACAAUGCCAGAGCAUAGUGACGGUAGUUUUAUCAACAUACUACUGUGCAGUAUUACUAAGUGUGACUUCUCAUUUUAAUAAAGAUCACUGUUUAGUGCACAGAGUCUUCAUCACCAGGACAUAUUUAUUGUGUGAAUGAGAAAAGAGCAGCAGCCCUCACACAAUUAUUUCACUUCUCAUAAUCAGCCAAACUAACUAUAUUAAAACCAACACAUUAAAACUUGCAGUCAUGGAUCAAAUAUUGGCAAAAAAAGUACCCCAUAGAGGAGAGAUGUCUGUUAAUUGAAAAGCACUCUGUUGAAAUCUGAAAAAAGUCAUUGCAGAUGCUGCAAACAUCAAAAUUGAUCCAUGAAUGAGGGACGCUCUGGCAUUAAUGAAAGACUGCACGAAUGUGGCUGCAACAUGGCGUCACUGGCUGGUUUUUAUUUUAUUUCUGGCCAUCUGCUAUAAGAAACAAACAAACAUGUGCUCUCUGACCCUCCACUUUAUUCACAAGCACAUCAAUUUCUCUGUCAGAAACUGUAUUUUCUCUGCCUUCCUCCCUGUGAUUCACCAAAAGAGCCUUUCAGCCGCAUCAUUUGGGCUCAUUUGAAUACAUUUUCAUUUAUAAGGUGUUUUGCAUUGACCAUAGACGGACAAAUGUGGGCUUAUAGGGGGCAGAACAUGAGGCUGAACCAAAUGUGCGUAUUCAUAGUCGAAGCCUAAACUUUUUGUUGUUAUCAUCAAGUACGGAGUAAGAAAGGCCUGAUGAUUUUCUUCUUCUAUCUUCAUAACUCAUGAAAACUGCAGUGAUGAGCGAUAGAGAAUAUGGAUACAUGAUAUCUCUGCAAUCCUGACUCCUGUGUUUGUCAUGUGUUUCACUCAGAUGGACGGGUUGGUGCGAAUGAACGGAGAGACGACAGAGGACAUAUCUACACCCACUACACCUACACCCACUGCAGCUUCCCCAAAAGAGAUCAAAGAAGUUCCCCCCAAACACAUCGAAAAAGAGGCUCCCUCUGAGCAGGCUGUGACCAAUCAGGAGGCAGUGAAGCAGACGCCUGCUCCACAGAUACCACUUCCACCGACACCACCUGCUCAGACAUCCCCACAGCAGCAACCACCUCCUCAAACAUCCCCACAGCAGCCACCACCUUCUCAGAAACCACUUUCCCAGUCGCCAUCUCAGCAGACAGCAUCUCCUCAAACUGAGAAGACAACCUCGUCCUCAGCCUCUGCCAUCAGCUCUCUGAUUGGAGGCCGAAACUGUAUCAUCACCACAACUAUUGUGACAGAGCUCACACAGACUGUUGUGGAGCCGCUUCACCCGGACAUCCAAAGCAAUGGGCAGGUAAUACUACGAGUCACAUAAACCUUUACUACAAGAAAUUCAUACCCAGAUCUAUAUGCAUCACCUUCAACAAGUGGAUCCCAUCAUUUUAUGGGAGAGUGUUUGAUGUUUGUUUUGUUACGAUAGCUAUAAAAACCAACCUGCAGGGAAGUUAUCAUUUGCAUAGUGAACACUGGGAAGUUUUCAUUUGAUUUUACUGCAUGGAAAUACAAGUGACAGUGUUCAAGCUUUUCAAGAAUUUGCCAUCCUGGUUAUACGACACCCACAUAGCUGAGUCAGCUGUUUAUUCUUCCCAUCCAUUAGCUGCAUUAGUAAAAAACUGAACCCACGAGCCAAACUGAAAGCAACCAAGGAGGCUGCUAAAAAUACGGUUGUAACUUUGGAUAUUGGACAUUCAUGUUUAAAGAUAUCAACCAAGUUAUGAAAGAAACUUAUGAAAGAAAAAAAACCUGCACAAAGAAAGACACACUUCAGCUGUUCCCUCUGUUAGGUUGUCUAUGUAAAAGAACUCCCUCCUCUCCUCAGCUUGAUUUAAAUAUCAUAUUUACAUGAGCUAAGGCCAAAAGUAGCCUGAAGAAAAAAACACAGAAAGAAGACGACAAAACAUCAGGAAAUCGUGUUGUCGUUUUUUUUUUUACUCGUCUGCCAUAAUUGAAGUACGAUGCGAAUUGUGCCAAAUGGACUACAACAUUUGAAGAUAGUUUUGUGCUCAGUUAAUAUUUCAUGACGGUUUAUAAAUAGAGGGUUUUUUUAAGAUAAUGUUUUAUUAAUUCAGUUAAAUAAUUGACUUUCAGGUUAAUGGUGCAACGGUGUAUUCUGGGAGACCAGCAGAGGAAAUAAAGACUCCGCAAGCUUCACCACCAAACAGCAUGCAGGACUACUCUCCCACAGUCACAGGUAUGUGGUUGUACUAUGAAGGGGUACUGUUUAUAUACUCAGAACUUAUUUUUCUACUGGAAUAUGUCAUUGUUUUAUGUGUUUCUUUCUCUACCACAGAGGGACUCGAGGAGAGCAGCAUGUCUGUGAGUAUCUCUGAGCAGCUCUGGCUUGUUCGUCUCUGUUUCUCCUUCAUUCUUAAAUUUGACCCUGUCCUGACCCUUCGUCUCCAGUAGUGGCUGUAGUCAGACUUGUCCUCUCACCUUUCCUCUCUUUCUGUCCUUUUGGUCUGUAUACAUGUGUGUUUGUGUGUGUGACUGUGGGUGGGGUCUGGGUAGAUUGAAACCCCCAUGUUGAACUUGGCUAAACGUGUAAAUCACUGGGUCUGGGACCCCAAUGAGGAGCGUAAACGCCUGGAAAGGUGGCAACAGGAGCAGGAGCGCCUCCUACAGGUACACUGGUGGAAUGGUGUCUAUGUGCAUGGCUCCAUUAGUACUGAGCAGAACACCAACGGAACGAGAUGUUCUAUGCGUGUUUAUCUAUAUUUACAGUGUGUGUAUGUGUGUGUGUGUUUUUGUGCUUCAGCAUUUAACAUGUACGAUUUCUUCUGUAGGAGCAAUAUGAAAAAGAGCAGGAGAAGCUGAAGAAGGAGUGGGAGAAAGCACAGAUAGAGGUGCAAGAGGAGGAGAGGAAACAUAAUGAAGAGGUCUGAUCACACACAUAUGUUGACAAAAUCGUUCAAGUAUUACUGGUUGUAUAUAUUUUACACUGAGUCUUUGUUGUGUGAGUAGGAGAGAAAGAUACUAGAGGAGACCGUGACGCCACUUAAUCCCACGGGUUUACUCAACCAGCAGCCAGACCACUCAGUGACGAUUUCAUUAUCUCUGGAAAAUGAGAAAAAAGAAAACAAAAUUCCUGUCCAGCUUAAUGGCCAAAGAAUAUCCACUGGCAACGAGGAUCAGCAUGCUUCCAAGCUGCACUUUUUCCAGGGUGAGAUAAAAAAGAAAUAAAUUCUAGUGAACAGAAAGUUACAUAAAGUCUCAGAUAAUCAUGCGUCUAUGUGUCCAUGUCAUGAAAGUAUAUUUUGUCAUGUCUUUUUCUAGAAUCUGCAAGUGAUGGUGAACCUGCAAAGAAACAGGAGCUGUUAAAGACAGCCUCUCUGGACCGCAACCCCCAGCUAAACCAGCCCCACAUCGUCAAAAGGUAUUACAAUUUUUAGGUUAUUUCUUAUGCUUUAUUUUUAUUCUGAGCAUAUGUGAGGCUGCAUUGGAAAGGUUGUUGUUCCUGCCUUUAUGCUUUUGUGAUGAAUAUAACCAAUUUUGACUAGAUAUGCAGGUGAAAAUCAAAAAGUGAAUGUGUUUUAUUGAAAAACAAGUAUGUUUGCUGAUGCUUGUUUGAAUAAAAAGCCUUUCUAGCACUAUAAAGUUUAGGUUAAACGUUAAAUGUCUCUCUCAGAAGUUAAUGAUUCUCACUAAAUAAUUAAUUCAUUCGUGAACCUUAAUGUGUAAAUAUUUCAGACACCUGCAAGCAACAUUGUUUAUGAUGAAAUGGAGGGCAGCAGUUAUGAGCUGUUAUGUUAUUUAAACCUGUAAGUCAUGUGGCGUGCACAGUUAAAGCAUGUGUUUGUGCCUGCCACACAAUGUGUCAACCAUAUUCUCUUUUUAGUGUUAAUGCCAGAUUUUUAAUGGAGAGCAUAUGGUGGGAAGUAAAGCCUGAAAGUUUUUGAUGUCCACAUGGCAACCAUUUGAAUUUUGGAUUAUUCUUUGACUUCUUAGUGAAUCUCUCAAGCAAUCUAGCAAAAUAUGUUUCUUUAUUUCAUAUUGAACAAGCGUAUGUUGUUUUUUUAAUCCUUAACAGACUUUUUUAUUCAUAAAUGUUAUUAUCUGAGUUCACUGAAAUUUGUUACAAACAUAUUAAAGGUGUUUUUGACAAGCAUUAGUUAGUACACUGUUGGUCAUGUUUUUAUAUAUAUAUAUAUUUUUGUUUAACCUCAGAGCAGAGUCACAAGACGCUGUAACAAACAAACAGAGCCCGGCCCCUUCAACACCUCAACCUCCCUCCCCCACCAGGUAAUGAUGCUCGCACACUCAUAUACAAAGACCAAACUGAUAAAUAGAGUGAGAAGCUUAAUACUUAAUUUCCUGCUGUUUGUGUUUAUGCAGGUGUGUUAGUGGAAAGAGACUCUGUUCUGGCUGCUCUCAGCCACUGGGGAAAGGAGCUGCCAUGAUCAUUGAUACACUGGGACUGUUUUUCCACAUACAGUGUUUCAAGGUAGCGUGUUUUUUUCCCAGUGCAUUAGUCAAAUAAACUUAAUGUAACUCUGUAUUAAAUGUACAAUGUUUCUUGUUUGUCCUUCACAUUUAACGAUUUGAUGUCUUGUUUUGAAAAUGUGCCUGUGAAUAAUGUUCAUGUUUUUUCAUUCACAGUGUGGGGUCUGUAAGGGGCAGCUGGGUGAUGCCACGACAGGGACAGAUGUGCGGAUUAGAAAUGGGCUGCUGAGCUGCCAUGAGUGCUACAUCGCAUCUCGGGGUGAGAACACCUAGACACACCUGAACAAACAGACAAUGACACACUCAGACAUCCAGCUCGGUAACCCCCUACUAACUAUCACAGUGUAUUCACUAAAGUACUGUACUUAUACCUAAUACAUAGCUCCUUUAGCAUUUUCAUAUCAAACUGUUUCACAUUUCAUACAACUACAAAACAUUCAGUGAGAAUUCAUUUACAAUACUUUAUACAAACCUACAUUUAUUUUAUCUUUUUUGAAUUUCUGUUAAUGAAUGUGUAUAUGACUGUUUUUAAUUCGGUUUGUGUAUUUUUUGUGUUCAGAUUUUACUUGCAGUGCUGUAGAGCUCCCAAUUUUCAAAAAUAAAGGAUAAAUUAGACUUAACAGAGCAAGCUUUUUUUAUUAUUCCAAUCAUAGGCAUGAGGAGGUGUGUUCUUUACCCUCCUGUCAGGUUUAUCAAAGAGGUGGUAUUAUACUUUUUAUCAUAUUUUGAAAACAAAUGUUAAUUUAAAUGUUGGACAUUCGUACCAUACAUGAGCAGAGUUUCAGAUUAAGAGGUUAAUGUGUGUUGAAGUAAUCUCACCUUUACAUCUAAAGCCUACUGUCUUAAACAUGAAUCUAAAGUAGGUACCUUGACUUAUUUCACUUGUUUGUUUACAGGCAGAGGUCAGCCCACCACACUAUGA